AUGUGCUCCAACAGUGGCUCUGCUGGUCAUAUUACAGUCUUCCAGAAAUUGCUGACGUUCUCUCUGCUGGUUUUCACACAUUUUACUUGCGAUAGAAACAGUUUGUCUUCGUUCGGCCACCGUCGCGUCAGCGUUAGGAGUAUUUUGUCCGCCUGCGGCUGCCGUCCCAGAUACUGUGUUACUUACCGAAUUCCGGGGUACUCGGACUUGUGUUUCGCGGAGCCGGCUGGCGUUACCAGGACCAUGGAGUCACCUUUUAGCCCCGGACUUUGUCACAGACCAGAUGAAGACUGGGAUUCUACACUCUUCGCUGAACUUGGUUAUUUCACAGACAUGGAUGAACUACAGUUGGAUGCAACAAAUGAAACUUACGAAAGUAAUUUUGAUCAUCUGGACUUUGAUUUGGAUUUGAUGCCUUGGGAGUCAGACAUUUGGGGCAUAAACAACCAGUUCUGUACAGUUAAAGAUAUUAAGGCAGAACCUCAGCCGCUUUCUCCAGCUUCCUCAAGUUGUUCAGUCUCAUCUCCUCAGUCAGUGGACUCCUGUUCUUCAACUCAGCAUGUUCCUGAGGAGUUGGAUUUGUCUUCUAGUUCCCAGAUGUCUCCUCUUUCCUUGUAUGGUGAAAACUGUAAUAGUCCAUCCUCAGCAGAGCCACUCAAGGAAGACAAACCCAUUAUUGGUCCUAGAAACAAAACUGAAAAUGGAAUGACUCCAAAGAAAAAAAUUCUGAUAAGUUCAAAACCUUCAAUUCAGCCCAAGCCUUUAUUACUUCCAGCAGCACCCAAGGCUCAAACAAACUCCAGUGUUCCAGCAAAAACCAUCAUCAUUCAGACAUUACCGACACUUAUGCCAUUGGCAAAGCAGCAUCCAGUUAUCAGUAUACAACCUACACCCACUAAAGGUCAGACCAUUUUGCUCUCUCAGCCUACUGUGGUACAACUUCAGACUCCUGGAGUUCUGCCCUCUGCUCAGCCUGUCCUUGCUGUCUCUGGGGGAGCCACACAGCUACCUAAUCAUGUGGUGAAUGUGGUGCCAGCCCCUGUGGUGAGCAGCCCGGUGAACGGAAAACUUUCUGUGACUAAACCUGUCCUACAAAGUACCACGAGAAGUGUGGGCUCAGAUAUCGCUGUGCUAAGAAGACAACAACGUAUGAUAAAAAAUCGAGAGUCUGCUUGUCAGUCGCGCAAGAAAAAGAAAGAAUAUAUGCUAGGGCUGGAGGCAAGAUUAAAGGCAGCUCUUUCGGAGAACGAGCAACUGAAGAAAGAGAAUGGAUCCCUGAAGCGGCAGCUGGACGAAGUUGUAUCAGAGAACCAGAGGCUUAAAGUUCCCAGUCCAAAGCGAAGAGCGGUCUGUGUGAUGAUAGUCUUGGCAUUUAUAAUCCUGAACUAUGGACCUAUGAGCAUGUUGGAACAGGAUCCCAGGAGAAUGAACCCUAAUGUGCACCCUGCAAAUCAAAGGAGGCAUCUUUUAGAAUUUUCUGCUAAAGAAGAACAACGCACAUCAGAUGACAUCAUCCAGAAAAAUAGUUAUAGAUAUGAUCAUUCUGUGUCAAAUGACAAAGCCCUAAUGGUACUAACAGAAGAGCCACUACUUUAUAUUCCUCCACCUCCUUGUCAACCCCUGAUUAACACAACCGAGUCACUCAGGUUAAAUCAUGAACUUCGAGGUUGGGUUCACAGACACGAAGUAGAAAGGACCAAGUCAAGAAGAAUGACAAACAAUCAGCAGAAGACCCGUAUUCUUCAGGGUGCUCUGGAACAGAGCUCAAAUUCUCAGCUGAUGGCUGUUCAAUACACAGAAACCACUAGUAUCAGUAGGAACUCGGGGAAUGAGUUACAAGUAUAUUAUGCUCCACCCGGAAGUUAUCAAGACUUCUUUGAAGCUAUUCGCAGAAGAGGGGACACAUUUUAUGUUGUGUCAUUUCGAAGGGAUCACCUGCUGUUACCAGCUACUACCCAUAACAAGACCACAAGACCAAAAAUGUCAAUUGUGUUACCAGCAAUUAACAUAAAUGAAAACGUGAUCAAUGGGCAGGACUACGAAGUGAUGAUGCAGAUUGACUGCCAGGUGAUGGACACUCGGAUCCUCCACAUCAAAAGCUCCUCAGUUCCUCCUUACCUCCGAGAUCAGCAGAGGAAUCAAACCAACACCUUCUUUGGUUCCCCUCCAUCAGCCACAGAGGCAGCCCAUGUUGUCAGCACCAUCCCCAAGUCGUUACAGUAAUGCUCUGCAGCGAGGUGGGAAAACAGAAUGGGACCUGUUGGACUGCAGAGUGGGCGAGAGAAACGCCGCUUUCUGUCUGCAGAGAACUGCUUCAGACUCCAGUUCAGGGAGGAGAGAAGGAAGAAGAAGCUAGUCUUCCAAACUGCCAGAAUUUAGAUGCAAGAGAACAUUUCUCCAGGGGCAAAUGUAGCAUACAUCCUCCAGUGUUACCUGGUGUAGAUUCGCCCACACCUUUCUAAGCUGCUUUUCAUUCUGUAUUUGUGUUCUCUUGCUUUCAAGUAAGAUCUGCUUCCCCUUCCUCCCAUUUCACUUGUUGAUAAAGAAGUUUUUAUUUAAAGCUAUAGCCCUCAGAAACACAGAUGGUUUCCCACAGAUUGGUUUUCUCAUUCCUUUACUGCAAACCUAUUCUGGAUAUUGUGCUUGAGAAAAUAAAUUUGAAAACCAGAACAGCCAAAAACAUCCCACAAAGAGUCAAAACUGUUUGGAGCUUUGGGUAAAAAGGAAUAUCCCCGGUUGGUAAAGUUUACUUAUACUUGGGACUUGUGGUUCGUAUGUAAACAAGUAACUGUUGGGCAUCUGAGGGUGGGCCACAAAUCUGAGAGAACUGAAAGGAAGAGGAAGCUCAGCGGUGGGCCUUGGAAGAGGAGGUAGCUCCAUUAAUACCUGUGUUUAAAAUGUUGAAAGUCUGAUGCUAUUGCAGUGUAGAGUGAAAGCCAUAGCUACCGUUCAUUGUCGGGAUUCUAGGCUGCUGAGUGGUGGUGUGCAGACUGGUGUCAUCUCUUGACUGAUCUGGUACAGAUACUCAAGGGCCAUGGGGCAAAUCCUUUGUUUUCAUUACGAAUCCUCCAUGGUACCAGAUUUAGGCAAGGAACAUGGAGGUGGCUUUAGACUUAAGCACGGCAAGAGCUUUUUCCCUUGAGUACUGACAGGUACUUUUUCCUUAAGAUGAUGCAGACGGGUACCUUAGAUUCCUGCUGAGGAAGUGCCUCCUGUAAUACGGCAAUCAUUUUCAAUUUCUCCAUGAAAAGACAAUGGAAGAAUGAACUCUUUUGUUGUUCAAAGAAGAGCUGCGUCCACUUACAUUUUACUGAACCUUGCCUACUUUCUUCGGCAUAGUAGACAGUUAACUUAUGCCUCACUUGGUGACUUCACCACAUGCAUCUCAGGCAACAAUGUCCUCGCUAAUGCUCUGCCCUCAGUUUCUAAAGUGAGCCCUUCUGCCUCUCCAUUCUGACACUUUCCAGUCUCAAAGGCUGCUUUUCACCCCAAUUUACUUGCCUCUGUCAGAUUUCUUCCUUCCCCAUUCCAUACUGUAUCAGUUAAUUCCUCUUCCUCCUUGCAAGAAAAGGAAAGAAAAAUUAUGUCAACCCCUGAAGGACUGCAUGCAGUCAGUUCAUUUUCUGCCUGUGCACUAAUCAAGCCUGGCCUCUAAAUAAUAGUAAACCACCACCACCAUUUCUAAUUCUCUGGACAGUAAUGCCUCUCAAGCUAGCCUGUUACUUUCCAAGAAAAUCAUUUUAACUUGGGGGUGGAGGGCUAUUGCUUUAUUACCUGGUAACCUGGAGUUUGAAUUAACCUUCCUUUUUCCCCACACCACAGACUCUUAAGCCAGUGCAGCACUCUCCCCUCUGAUCUGGCUCCUGUGUGACUUUCAGACGUGAACUAUUUUCUCUGGCGACUGUUCUUUUAAUGGGUGCCAAAGAAUAGACAACAGAUGCCUAAAAGACUGUUAAGUUACUAGGCAGUCUUUUAGUGCGAUGUCCUAUGGCCCUGCUUCUCCUUGUUCUGUAAUAUGAAUUAGCCCAACAAGAGGCUGUGACUAUGGCUAGCAGGUGGUGAUACCACGGUCAUUUCCAAGCUGCUAAUCUGCUGGAACUGCCACACGUUAUGGUAGGUACAAACGCAGGAUGUCCAGAGUGGCUGUCAGUGGAGCCUCUGCUCUCUUUUGCACUGAAUCACACAAGAAGAAACCACCACAUGGUGUUCUUGUCUCUAGCACUUUGCUUUUCCUGUGCUCGUUCUGCCAACUGCUCAGACAGAAGACUUCAGUUAUGUCAUGUUCACCAGCAUUACUGCCUCUGUGAUGGGUGAACAUGUGCGUGACGGUUGGGAGGCCCAGACAGGUGUCCGGAUGGUCAGCACCCCAGCCGUGGAGCUGAGUACCUGGGCAGUGACUGAUGCUCGGAAGCAGCAGGGAGCUUUGCCUUUCUCAUUCACUGACCCCACAGCUCCUUGCUGUUCUUCAGUUGAUCUUUUUGGGGAUGAGGAACAGGAGCCUCCUCAGGGUAGAAUUUCAGGAAACAUGGCAACUGACAAGUUGCAGAAAAGAACUCUGCCUUCCAAAUUGCUGGCACAGUUAUUACUUCCUAGAAACAAAAGUAGUUGUUACUGUAGCGUUUGUAUGCCAGCUCAAGGGCCUUUAGGAAAUGGAGAGCUGCUAUGACAGGUUAGUAAGUUAAGCGAGUGUUUGAGCUUCACUUUUUGGUGGGGUUGCCUUUGGGGGAGAUAUGUGUAUACAUAUAUAUAUAUAUUUUUUUUAAAUUUAUUUAAGUUUUAAAGUGAGAUUUUUGCAAACCCAUGAGAAAAUUAGAUAAACUCUUAAGGGAGGGAAGUCCACCUGAUAGUAGAUGAUUUCAUGUCCUUUGGCCAACACUGCUGCACUUGGGAAGAGGUGGAGACUGACAGGAGCAGUCAUUCCACCUGUUUGCAAGUCCCAGAUUGUUAGGCCUCAUGUAAGUAAGUGGAUGUUUCCUCCUGCUAACCUCUGAGUCAGGUGUCAGGAGCGUAUCUGUGGGAUGAACUCAUACCAGUAGCGCAGGGACACAGCCUCGUUAGAAUGCCAGUAUUCUCAAGUCAAGAGUUAACGGGAGCGGAUCACUCUUGAGGUAAAUAUAUUGUUUGCAGUGCUUGUAGUGUAGCAAUUUUACAUUGCAUGGUUGGGUGCGGUUUACUUUUUCAGAAAUAAAAAGUCUUCCAUGGUUAUAAAAACUCAGAACAGCUUCUAAUUUCUUUUACAUGACUAAAAUUUCCAGGACAAAGCUGGCAUCUCUCUGUCUUAUUAGCAACAAAUAGAAAUUGGAGGUAUUUGAAAGCAGUUAUGUUAGAUGAGUCAUUCUUAAAUGUUCCCAAUAAACAUUACUUAGAAACACAGGGGAGCUGGGACCCACGCUGAUUUUUCUAUCAUGUUUAAAGAAACACUACCCUGAUUAAAUUUUGUUGGGCUGACUCCCCCGGGGCAUAUAUUCCUCAGUAGUCACCACAGCCCAGCAAGACACAAUCAGACACUGCCGCCGUGGCAUUUGGAGAACUCUUGAGUUCUUCACAGCCUUCAGACUACUGUUUGAUUCUUGCCAUUUUACUAAACUCAGGUUGUGAAACUUGACAGAAAUGUACCACAGGAAAAGACUUGUGUUAGAGAGUCAAAUACAGUUACAUCGAAAAGUUUCAGAGCAAUUUCUACUUUCAGUGACAUGUUAGAAAUAACCACUUUUACUUUCAUAACCUGAAGUACCAGAGUCUGGUCCGAUGCCCCCUUGCAGCCUGACCUCAUGGAAAGUUUUUACCCUUGAAGCCUUCUUUCCACCGCAUACUGAUGGGCUGACUCAGCCACCUUCCGCAGACCCACAUUAACUGCAUACUGGCAGCGGUGUCAAAUAAGCCUGCUUAUUGCCAGACUUGAUGAGAGCUUAUUACCACCUCUGGACCCCAUAUUCACUACCAAAACCUUGUUUUCAUCAGUGCUGAGUCAUUUUUAUUUACAUAAAUCAGGAUCUUUCCUGCUAAUAUGAAUCCAGUUAUAACUUUUACCAUAAAAUAAGAAAACAUAAAAGAAAGAGAAUGAAAUACAAGAAUUUUUCAUUCCUACCCUCACAAUAUUUGGAAGGGGAAAUUCCUGUUUUCCCCUUACCUGCAGGGAUUGUGGCCAAUAUUUAAGGAAACAGAAACUGGACCAAAAGUUGUUACCAGAGUCCAGCAAAAACUGUGCACAGGGGCUGGGGAUUUAGCUCAGUGGCAAAGCGCCUGCCUGGCAAGCGCAAGGUCGUGAGUUCGGUUCCCGGUACCGGAGAAAAACCAAAAAAAAAAAACUGUGCACAAAAGAGAAAUGCAACUUCCUACCUGAAAAACCAAGAAAAUGUUGUGCUAACUUAUAUUUUUAAUGACUAAUCUUAAAGUUUAUUUUGGAUAGAACUAGAACUUUCCACAGUUUAUUCUAAUAUCUGUGUUUUCUGUCAUGUGCAAUAGAACUUAUGGGGAAAAUGAUAAAAGUGUAUGGUUAGAAGAUUUGAUCUUACAUGUGAAUCAUAUCAUGGCUAGCCAGGGCACACAGUAGACAGAAUUCUCAAAUAAGCGUUGGGGAUUUAGCGCAUUAAAAGACUUAAUUGUAUGAGCCUUGAGAACUAAGGAUAAAUACAGUUUUUUAUUUGUUGAGGCUAAUAAACACCACUGUUUGGCGUUUGUCCCCAAAGAAGUUAGUGACCAUUAGUUAAAUAAAUUAGGAGGCUUGGUGUAUUCCCUGGUGUGAAAUACCAGAACAAAAUUAGCAGGUUAGCUUUCACAGCACAUGUUUACUGGCUGAAAUAUUUUCAUUCAUAUUGAGCCCUCAUUUCUGGGUCAGUCACUAGGAUGGAGGAGAUGAUUGGGAAGUAGUGCUUUCAUGGAAAACUGUAAAGUGAUACCAGUUUCUUUUGCCCAUCAUGUUGGCAAGUAUUGUUGGACUAAGAACAGUAGUGCUACACCUCUGCAGCCUCCGAAACCUCAGGAGAGUACCAGAAAUGCCAUUUCACCAGGGCUUUCUUCCUUAGGUUGUAUCCAUGCUAAUUUAAUAAUGUGCGCAGGAUGAAGAAGACAGAGGUAUCAUUCUGUCCUUUAAUAAUUACAUCAGUUUACAAUACAUAAAUAAUGACAAUAAACUUUCGUAUUUUCAAGUAACUCUUUAUAAUGUAAUACCUGUUCUUUCUCUAAAAUUUAAAUAAAGACUUUUUAAACUUG